AUGCUUCUCCUCAAGGACACUCUGACGAAGGCGAGGACGAAUCCAGUCCUCAGCAAACAUGUGAAGAAGGUUGACAUGAAGGAAACAAUCAUCAGGCUGCAACAUAUGAUUUCAGUAUCCGAGCGAGCCCAAUCACUUCUAGAGAGCUUGAAUAUCAGCCCCAGAAAUGUUCCUGUCCGCACGGCCACCCGCGUCCCGGCCACGGCUCGUCCUACCCUGCCUACUCGCGCCCACCUCUCUCGUACGCAGCCCCGUCCCUUGCAGUGCCAUACCGCGGCUCGAGAUCAAGACUUCAUCGUGAUAGAUGAGGACUGCUUGGUAGACGGGGAUGCCGAGUUCCAGCCACAGAGUGAGAACCGCAUCGAGUGCAGCCCCAAUCGCGCGGAGGAAAGGCCUGCGCCUAGAAAGAGAGCUCCUCGAAAGUAUAUCCCACCAAGUAGCGAGGACAUCUACUUGCUUGCACAUCAUCUUGCUUCACUGUCUGGGAGACCGAGAUGGGGUCGAAAGGAUCAGCUUGAUUGGGCUGGCUUUGCACGGAAGAACCCUAAGAGGUGCCGCCGUAGCUGGCGUAACUGGUAUGUUGGGCAACCUCAACGCAGGAAGACGAUCGAUGCACUUGUUGAGAAGUACAAGAGGGAGCUGAAAGACGAGAUGCCUGGUGAAAGGGAGCUGCCGAUCGAGUUGCUGUAG